AUGGAUGCAGGCUCGUCUUCCGACGUCGAGUCCAUCAUGUCCAAAGCAAGAGAUGGCUCCAGCCCCGCGAGCUCCCCGCCGCCAGCACGCUCGCCACAGGUCAACCCCGAGAUGAUAAACGACGAUGAACUCGAAAAGGAAGAGGACAAGGCCCGCAUUGCCAAUAACCGAGCAGAAGAAAAGCGCCGUCAGGCUGUUGCCCGUAAGCGUAGAACGAAAAAGGCACAGACCAAGGCGGAGCGUGAAGCCCAGGCUAGACAGCUCGACGAGCUCCUUAUGAAGAGUGCGGCGUUCAGCGACAUCUUGACCAAAAAAACGCAAGUCCUUGGACGAGUGGGAAGUAGCCUGGACGGUCAAACCCUUGGGGAACAUGACCUGCAGAUGGCCAAGCAACCAAAGUGCCUGGUUGGUGGUACCAUGCGUGACUACCAAUUAGAGGGCCUUACUUGGAUGUAUGAGAUUUGUUCGCAGGGCAUGAGCGGAAUUCUUGCAGACGAAAUGGGACUGGGCAAAACCAUCCAGACAAUAGCCCUCAUUGCUUUGCUUCGAGAGCAAGAAAACUAUCUUGGGCCCCAUCUCAUCGUUGCGCCUUUAAGCACGCUAUCAAAUUGGAUGGAUGAAUUUGGGAAUUGGACGCCAUCUAUCCCGGUGAUAAUGUAUCACGGGACACGCGAGCAGCGCCAGCAAAUCUUUUCCAGCAAAAUGAUGAAGCAUCUGCACGCCGGUCGCCCCACGGACAAGUUCCCGGUCGAUGAAGGACACCGUAUGAAGAAUUCCGAGGCCAAGCUUUUUCAAGAGCUUCGGCAAUUUACUUCUGCUACCCGUCUGCUUAUUACCGGCACGCCUUUACAAAACAACCUCAAAGAGUUGUGGUCUCUGCUACACUUUUUGCUACCCAACAUUUUCACAGACUGGGAAUCCUUUGAAUCUUGGUUCGACUUUUCGGGGCUCGAAGAUGAAGAGGGGACCCAGGAGUUUAUACAGGAUCAGAUGAAGCAAGACUUGGUCAAAAAGAUGCAUCUGAUUCUACAGCCGCUGCUGCUCCGUCGGAUCAAACAAGACGUCGCUGCAUACCUCCCUCGGAAGCGCGAAUACGUGCUCUUUGCGCCAAUGACCAAGGAGCAGACGGAUCUGUACAAUGUUUUCAGCAACAAGAAUAUUGACACCCGUGAAUUUCUUCAGAACAAGGUGGAAAAGCAAAUCAUGUCGGCGAGACUAGCAUCGGAGAACCUCAAGGUCGACAGAAAGCAAAAGAAGAUUUCACUUCCGGUUCGGGAAAGUCCGAGAGGCAAACAACCACAAGACAAGACAACAGCAUCGCCGGCCAAUGCCUUUACUAGAAUGAUGGGCAAGUCUACUCGCGCAAAGUCUGUACAGCCAAAAGGAGAAGCCACUCCCCCCCCCGUAAAGAGCGGCUUCAAGCGAAAAGGCCAGACACCGACAGAACCUGAGCCAAAGAGUGCAAGGUCCAGCCGCGGGUCUACACCGGCAUCCACACGUGGCCGUCCCAGAAAGUCACAAGCAUACAAAGAUGAUUCAGAAGACGAUGACGAUCUUUCAGACGCAGAAUUUGAAGCCAAACUCGUUCAAGAGAUGGGAAGUGCCAAAGAUUCCGCCCCAGAAGAAGAUUCGAGAUCAGCCGAGGAUAUUGAGCUCGCCCAGAACCUCGAGCUAGCCAAAAAGCAAAUCGCCGCCAAGAAGUUGGGAAAUACCCUUGCUCAGCAUCGCCUCGUGUGCAAUUCACCACACAAUUUCUACAAUCCCUGGGCCAUAGCCACCGAGACACCCGUCGACGAGUCCAUCGUCACCGCCUCUGGCAAGAUGCUGCUUCUCGAUCGGCUGCUGCACCACUUAUUUGCGCUCGACCACAAGGUGCUCAUCUUUUCGCAAUUCGCGAUGCAGCUCGACAUUCUCGAGGACUACUGCCGCGAGCUGCGCGGCUGGAACGUCUGCCGCAUCGACGGCGGCGUGUCGCAGCAGUCGCGUCGCGAGCAAAUACACAGGUUCAACACGGACCCAGACCAUCGCGUCUUCCUGCUAUCCACCCGCGCCGGCGGCCAGGGCAUCAACCUGGCCAGCGCCGACACCGUCAUCCUGUUUGACUCGGAUUUCAACCCCCAGCAGGACCUGCAGGCGCAGGACCGCUGCCACCGCAUCGGCCAGCAGCGGCCCGUCAUCGUCUACCGCCUCGCCACGCGCGGUACCGUCGAGGAGCAGCUGCUGCUCGCGGCGGACGCCAAGCGGCGUCUGGAGAAGCUCGUCAUUCGCAAGGGCGGCUUCAAGACCAUGGGCCAGAAAAUGGGGGACAGCGGCGCCGCCGCCGACGGCGACGGCGACGCGGCGGCUCAGGUGGACGCCAAGACGCUCGAGCAGCUGCUGCUCAAAGACGGACAAGUCUUUGAAACGACGGGCGGCGACGACAUCCUGAGCGAGGCGGACCUGCGCGUGUUGUGCGACCGCAGCGACGCGGCGUAUGAAAAGGCGGCUAGUGGAGAGACGGCCGACGCAGAGGGCUACUGCGUCGUGGAAACGGGCGCGGACUCGAUCAAGAUGAAUUUUAAGGGUGGAAAGUAA